ACUUGAGGAAAGCCCCCAGCCGAAACCCAAUCAGCAGUCAGUUGCAGUCGCGAAUUAGCGUCGCACAGGUGCGCCCUCUCCAGUGCUCUCUUCAGCGAAACGGCACAGAACAUCGAAACAUCGAAACUUGGAAACAUCGAAACUUCGAAACUUCGAACUUUGUGCGAGCAACUCUAGGCUAUACAUAUUAUAACGGAACAUGGUGCACAAGAAUCAGGAAAAGGAUGAGGAUCAGCUGAUGGUGCAGCGCGUGCUGGAACUGCAGGAUUGGAUAAAGCAGCAGUCGCAGCUGCCGCCGAAUAUAUCAUGCAUGUUGCUGCGCCGCUUUCUGCACACGACGCGAGGCGAUUUGGCUGCCACACAGCGCCUGAUGGAGCACAAUUAUGGACUGCGCAACAAGCAUGCCCAGAUCUUCAUUGAGCGCGAUCCAUUGGAUGCGAGCUCCCAGCAGCUGUUGCAAGUGGCCGACUUGGUGCCGCUGCCCGGCCUGACCCCGGAGAACAAUAAGCUGCUCUUCUACCGUUUGAUUGACUUCGAUGCAGACAAGUUCAACUUUACGGCCGGCAUUAAGGUCUUCUUCAUGGUGGCCGACUGCCGCUUUGCCACCGAGAACGACGGGCGGAUGUCGGACGGGGAGAUACCCAUUUUUGAUAUGGCUGGCUAUACGCUGCGGCAUCUGACCAAGACGGUGCUCAGCAGCCUGCGGGUGUACAUGAAGUUCGUGCAGGAGGCGCAUCCCGUGCGGCUAAAGGAGGUCCAUGUGCUGAAUUGCCCCUCGUAUCUGGACAAGGUGCUCACCGUGGUCAAGCCGUUCAUCAAGAGCGAGGUCUUCAAGCUGAUUCACUUCCAUUUGCCCAAUGCGGAGACGCCCUUCAAGCACUUUCCGCGCUCCAUGCUGCCGGAGGAGUAUGGCGGACAGGCUGGCAAGAUGUCCGAACUGAAGCAACAGUGGAUGCAACUGCUCAAGGAGCAGAGGGACUAUCUGAUGGAUGGCCAGAACUGGCAGCUAAACAAGGCCAAAAAGCUGUCCAACAGCAGCAGCAGCAACAGGAGAUCCAGCACAUCCAGCACAUCCCAUGCCGCUUCGGUUGCGCAGAGCCUUAAGAAUUUGGAAAUUGAUUAACCAACGAAUGGCGCAACUGUACCUACACACUUACAUCUUUAAUUUUUUGUUUGUUUUCAUGCCACAUCAACCAUGCCCCCACUCGCAGCCCAAGCUGUGCUCGGGGACCGCUCUGUUAAUAUACAUGUAUAUUAUUCAUACGUUUA